AUGCCGUAUGGAGCUCAACAGCAGCAACCACCUCCCUAUAUGCAACAUCAGCAGCAGCAGCAGCAGCAACAGCAGCAGCAGCAGCAGCAGCAACAGCCUUAUGGGCAACCUCCUCCCUAUGGUCAGCAGCCUCAGCAGCAGCAGGCGCCUCCUUAUGGAAACCCUCAGCAGCAGCAACUGCAGCAGCAGCAACACAUGCAGCAGCAGCAACUGCAGCAGCAGCAACAAAUGCCGCAGCAGCAGCCGCUGCCAUACGGACAGCAGCAGCAGCCUUAUGGGCAGGCACCGCAAGGGCCGCCCCAGCAGCAGCAGCAGCAGCAGCCACCCAAUCCGUAUCUGCAGCAACAGCAGCAGCGACAGCUGCCCCCUCCGCAGCAGCAGCAGCAGCAGCAUCAGCAGCUAUACGGGCCUCCACCGACAGCCUACCAACAAAUGCCACAGCAGCAGCAGCAGCAGCAGCAGCAGCAGCAAGAAGGAGAAGGCUACGGCCCUCUUCGCGGUGCGGCUCACGGAACUGUCCAGAGGGCUCUGCCCUACGGGCAGCCUGCUGCUGCUGCUGCUGCUGCUGCUGCUGCUGGGAGGCCCGGUGAAGCAUUUGUUGCAAUAAAAGAUUUGUCUUCAUAUGUCGCUCGGUGGACUAUUCGAGGCAGAGUAGACUGCAAGGCCUCCUUUUUCGGUGCUGCAGCAGAACGGUUUUACUCGCAGCUAGAAGAAGGCAAGGUAUAUUCUUUUAAGGGUGGACAUGUAAAGCCAAAGAACGAACGUUUUAAUAAAACCCCUCAUCCUUAUGAAUUAACAUUCGAUGAAAAAGCAGUCAUCAUUGCCGUCGACGAAACUCCUGAUAUACCCGUCGUAGCACAACCUUUGACAAAUAUAUCUUCUCUUAAAGAUGCUGAAGUCGGCUCUGUUGUUUCUGUAAUCGGCGUCCUGCAUAACUUCAAAGACGUGCAAACAAUUACCCUCAGAGUAAUCUCUUCACCUCCUCCUGCUGCUGCUGUUGCUGCUGCUGCUGCUGCGGCUGCUGUUGCUGCGGCUGCUGCGACUGCUGUUGGUGCGGCUGCUGUUGCUGAUAUUGAUGCUGCUGCUGAUGCUGAUAUUGGUGAUGCUGCUGAUUCUGCUGUUGAUGCUGCUGCUGCUGCUGAUGCUGCUGUUGCUGCUGCUGCUGCUGAUGCUGCUGCUGCUGCUGCUAUUGGUGAUGCUGCUGAUUCUGCUGGUGCUGCUGAUAUUGCUGCUACUGCUGUUCCUCCGACUCCUGCUAUUGCUGCUGCUACUGCUGCUAUUGCUACUGCUGCUAUUGCUGCUGCUGCUGCUGCUAUUGCUGCUGUUGCUGCUGCAGGCUACUGGGCAGCAGAAGGACAAGAGAGAUAUACACCUGAUGCUAAAGUAGGAGACUGGGGGGGUAAGAAAUUAGAGUGGCAGUGCAACACGCGGCUGGAGACAUCUGUCGAUACACCCGAAGCAAAACGACUCGCACAGUGGUGGGCGCAGACUGGCAGCACCUGCAGCAACUUUGCUGCUCUCGGUGGUGGUGUUGGAGGGUCGGGCCGCAACGAGCCGCUCAAAACCCUCGAUAAAAUUUCGCAAGAAGCAGCACAAGCAGAACCAAGUCUUCUGUCUGAGAAGGGUCUUUUCUUUUCUACUAUCGCCACUGUGGAGCGCAUUGCUGACGACCGAUUUUCUUGGCCAGCUUGUCCAGAGUGCAGGAAGAAGAUGCAGCAGCAAGAAGGCGAUGCUUCGAGUGUGUGGCGAUGCAGCAGCUGCAGCAAAGAGUUCGAAGCACCUGUGGAGACAUAUUUGCUGCAGCUUACUUUAGUUGACGAGACAGGGUCAUUAAAGGUUUCUCUUAUAGGAGAGAAAGCAGAGGUUAUAUUGAAAGAGCUGCAUGCAGCAGAGCUGAGAUGCAUGCAGCAGCAGCAAACGCUUGAUCGACAAGGUCGCAGCUUCAACGAUGUCUUCGCGGAUGCCUCACUAACCGAGUGGUUCUUUAAGCUGCGUGCUGCAUCGGAGACAUACAUGGAUGAAAGCCGCAUUAAAUUUAGAGUAAUAGCAGCAGAACAGCUGCAGCAGCGAGUGAAGGAAGCAACAGCAGAAUCUAUAAAUGUCGUGGAGCAUCUUCUUCAAUCCGUCAAGCUGCAGCCCUCUUAG